AGCUUUGAAUCAAUCGUGAAUGGCGUCGUCAACUAAGCCCCCACAGGUCCCCGUCUAGAGCUCAUGCAAACCUAUACACCCCUCACGCACACAGACGCUCCAUGCAUCUAUCUAAGUGUCCCUCCGCUCCACCCCAUCCCAUCCCGCCCCACUCCACUCCACUCCACUCCACUUCCUCAUCUCUGCGAGAGCAUCACCUGUGGGCUCCUCCACCCCCCGCCCACACCCCCAUGCACGCCGCCCCCCACACCAGCACCACCACCAGCAACCCCGCCGUCCAUCAUCAGCGGCUGCUGUCGCACCGGCGUCCCCGGCAGCGAGCUGCUCCCGUAAUGGCUUGUCCGUUGCAUGAGUGUCAGCAGCGGUCUGUGAGUGGGGGCGGGUGGGCGAGGCAUCAAAGGGUACGGCAGUGGGGGCACAGCCGCCGCCUUGGGGCUGGCGGUCUGCAUCGUGGCCUUCGGUGGGUGGUAGAUUGGGGGUGUGGGCAUGCGGGCGCGGUGGGGCAGAGGGGGACGUGCCGGGCGCUCUUGGACGGCAGCACCUGGGGAGAAGAGACUGAAAAAGGUCAGAGAAGACACAAGGGCAUGGAUGCAGAUGGAUGAAAGGGUCCAUCUGUGCAAGGUACCUCUUUGCGUCGAAGCUCGGAAUCAUGCUGUUGAUGUUCUGUCCGUCAUCUCCCUGUUGCUGUUGCUCAUCCUCCCUCCAGCAGACGCCCUCUUUCUCCCUCUCCUCCCCCGCCGCCUGCUGGCCGUCAUCCGGCCGCUCGAGGACCAGCUCGCCAUCCCCCUCCCCAUUCAUCAUAUUCAUGCCCUCCUCCUCACUGCUGUCGUGCCCGUCAGACCACUCACACGCCCGGCCGAUGUCGUUGUUCUCCCUCCCCUUCUCGCCAUCAGAUGUCUGCUCUUCGUUGUGGAGCGUGCCGGACGGCACGGGGGGCAGGUAGAUGAGCGGUGGGAGCAGACGGGGCGCUGGCUCAUCCGCAUCUUCCUCGUCAAGCCGCACCUGCUCCUCGCCAUCUGAGUCUUCCUUGGCCGCCAUGUCGUCAGGCAGGCGAGACGAAAUCGGGGCGUCCUCGCUCUCGUUGGCGUCUUCCUGCACAGCCGGCAGACCGAAGGGGCCCGCCGGGUGCUGCCAGCCCUCCUGCCGCUGCUGGUGCUGGUGCUGCUUGGGCGCCUCGAUGCCGUCCGCCUGCUGCUGCAGCAUGGCUGGGCGGAAGUGGCUGGAGAAGGGGUGCUGGGGCAGCUGUGUGUGUGAGAGGGGGUAGGGGAGCAUGUUCGUGUUGGUGCCGUCGUAUCCGUGGGGUAUGGGGUGGUCGGGCUGAGGCAUCAUGCAGUCGCGGGGAGUGGGGGAUGGGGGCAGGGGCGGACGAAGGUCAUACAGCUGCACACAGGGAUGCACAGCACACAGAAGGAGACGUGUUGGGGAGAUGUCUCUGCCUGCCUGGCCGUCAGGCAGUGGGCGCUUGCCUGUGGGUAUGUGUCGGGCUGCUCCUGCUGCUGUUGCUGCGGGUGUGUCUGUGUCUGUGUCGGUCGGAUGAGCUUCUUCUUCUGUUUGAUGGCGGCUCUCUCCGCCAACGCAUCGCGCAGACUGGCAUUCUCACUCUCCAGCUACAUGUGCCUUACAACUCAUUGGUCCAUUGGCGGAUUUGCGUAUUGUCGUGCGUUCAUUUACCCGUUCUUGUUCUCUGAGGGCCUCCUGCUCCCGCGUCUGGGACGUCAUGCGCUUGGUGCGCUCAUUGCGGGACUGACAAAGUCACACACAGGAAAACAGGCAAUAUGCACAUCGAAAAACGAAGAUGCCGGGGGAGAGAGGCUUGCUCACCAGUGCCCGCAGCUUGUGCAUUUCCGCGUUGAGAGCCCUCACCUCACCCUGCAAACACACGGCCGCACGGCCGCAAAAGAGGCUGUGUGAUGUGUGCUGUCUUGUGUGUCUUUGUUGAUGCAUCAGUGAGAGGGUACACACCUGCAGCACGGCAUUGUCCUGCUCGAGGUUUCUGCACCGGUCCCUGCUGCGCACAUACUGCACCCGCAGCAACUCCACAUUAUCCGUACCAAUCUGACAGACGUCAUGCGACACAAUAAUAACAUUUCCUGCCAAUGCCCACCGACCCACCUACAGUACCUACCAGUCUCCUUAUCGACCCAAGAGCUGGCGUAGAGGAGUCGCUGCCCCCAGGCUCCCGAAUCCCAUGCACGCCUCUGUUUCCCUCCUGCUCGCCAUCCGUGUGUUGUUCGGAAGCCUCCUGCUGGGAGAGGGCCUUGUGCAGCGCCUCUGCGGUGGUUGUGGUGGUUGAUCUGGCUGUGGAGGGGCGGCGCCGCCUCUCGUGCUCUUGCAGCUCUGCCGUCUUGGCCGUCAGAUCCUAAGGAGAGAGAGGUGGACGGCGUGGGGCGGGGUGGGGGAUGAGUGGAUAUGUGUGUGGAUGUGACCUUCUUGCUCUGUUCGAUCUGCCUCUCCAGCUGAUGCACGCGGACCCUGCACACAUACACACACACACACACACACAGACGCAGACCCAUUGUUCGUCGCGCGUAUCACACUGUUUGCCACGCAUCUCUCUGUGUGUGCAUGGGUAUGGUGUAUGGUGUGUGGUGUGUGUGGCCUACCUUAGUGUACGAUUCAUAUGGACUAGAUUCACGUCGUGGCUGUCCCUCUCCUUGAGCCUCUUCUCUGCCGCAUCGAGGUGGGCCAGCAGGUCGGCCUUCUCCACGGCGGCGCGGCGCGACUGACGCAUGCUGCCGUGCAGUGCAGUGCAGGAAGAGAGAGACAUUGCCAUCGUCGAGGUGUUGGUUUUCCUCCCUACCUCUCGUCCAGCCGACGCCGCAGGUCGUGGUUCUCGCGCUCUGCUACAGUCCUCCACACCAACAUCUGCACACACACACACAAUGCACCCGCACAUCCAUGCCAAUGACAACCCGCUUGUUCCUCCCCGAUCUCACCUCCUUAUCUCUCUUAUUGGUGGCGGCCUCCCACUUGAUGGCGACAAAGCACGCCCGCAUGGCGGCCAGAUGCCGCUCCCUGCUCUUGCGCGACACCCACGCCCACACGGCCUUGCCCACGUCGCUACGCCCCUCCGCCCCAUCCCGGUACACGUGCACGCCCAUGCUCAUGCACUGCAACACCUGCACACGCAAAGGAACAUGAAAGCAAGAGUGAGUGGGUGUUGGGGCGAUUUGGUUCUGCUCCGUGUCCCACCUUCUCCUCGGCGUCCCGCAGCUCCUGCGUGACGCGCUCCAGCCGCGCCAGCAGAACCGCAUGUACCCACCUGUGCCACCCCUCCCUCAUGGCCCGCAGCGCCCCCGCCCGACUCUCCACCAGGCGCCUCAGCGCCGCCCUCCCCCUGCUCCCCGCCACCUUCCACUGCCACCACACACCCCUGAGCAUCCUCUGCUCCAUCUGCCGAAUCCACUGGGACAGCACCGCACAGAAGAGCCCGGACGACCGCGGCAGACGUAGCGGCAGCCCGCCCUUGGUGCGCCCGCGGAAUGACGACACACGGAGAGGGGAGGACGAUAGCGACGGGCUGGGAGUGCUGUUGAGCUUGUCAUCGCCCUCGCCAUUGGCGCCCGCAUUGCCAUUGGCAUGGUGGCCAUUCUUGCUGUCUGCCAGUGGGAGGGCCGAUGCGAAGCCGUCACUGCUGUUAUUGUUAUGGUCGACUGCUGGCGGGGCGGGCAGGGAUGUGUUGAGGGGUUUGGGAAUGUGUGCGUGGGAGGUGACGGCCGAGUUGUAGUAGGAGGGGUUCUUGAUCUGCUGCACCACAGGCAGGAUGUCGGCCCGCCACUGGUAGCCGUUCUGCGAUGGGGGGCCGCCGUUGGGGGACUUGGUUGUCGAUGACGUGUGGUAAUCCGCCUGGAGAAUGGUGGCCUCGAGUGUGGCGUGGCGCUCGAUGAGCUGUGACUCCAGCACCGAGAUCUCGUCCUUCAGCGAUGCAACUACAGUAUUGAACCCAGGCGACUGAACAACCACCCCCCACCCCCACACACAUCGCAGAGAGUGUCUUCCCCCGCUCCCGUCUGACGCACCUCGUCCCGGCCGUUCAUCAUGGCCGCCUUCGUUCUGUAUGGGCUCAGAUCCACCUCGCCGUCAUGACUACCAUCAGCCCCCUCAUGGUCAUCCACAUGCAGAGGGCAUCGGCUCUGAAACAGAUCCGUCACGGUGGGGUCUGCUGCCGGCGCAGCAGCUCCGAUAUCACUGGGGAGUGCGGCGAAAUUCGGCCGCUGGCGGGACGGCGAUGGGUUCUCCAGACUGUCGAACACUGCAGGCGGCUUGUCAUGCCGCAAAUCCAU